UCAGAGACGCUUAACCGUGUGAUUUAUCGCUCUAUCCAGAGCUGACAAUUGCGUGACAGUUGUAGCUGGUGGUGGUUUGACAUGUCGCGAAUUGACCUUGUGAGCCUGUCUCCGAGCGCACUGUGUUUUUGUACUGCAUGGAAUCACUGGGCCCUUUGCGUUACGACAAGUUGAAGUCGUGGCCAUAGAUUUGUUCGUUUCAGAACGCUCGAGUCCCGUUUCGGAAUAGCAGCCGGCUUCGCUGGAAUGUUCUGAGCUGCCAUUUCCCGUCGGCCAUGUUAGAACUUAACUGAGGGCUAAUGCUAUAAUUAACCGGUUAGUUAAGCUUUGAUUUAACACAACGGCGCCCUUUCACUGUGACAUAUACAUUAACACGCGUUACAUUGUCAAGCCUUAUGCCACCGGGUGACCAGGUAAUGAUGUAGUGCGCCUUUUGGGGAAUGGAUAUGUGAACGUAAAGCCAAGCCACAUAGCUAGGUGACAUUAGCGAAUGCUAGCCAGCUUUGACAGGCCUGUUGCGUGUUGUAUCGGCCCUGCAAAACGCUCAAUUACUUGAGGAGUUGUAAUUUUGAAACAUGCGUUUUGGACAGUGCAUAUUACACGAAACGUCACUGUAUACUUUAAAAAAAAAAUGAUGUCCACACUCUAGUCUCUCUGCGUUAGCAGGGCCAGGCUGUGUGUGACUGUAACAGUGGACUUUGAAUGGUAGUCACACGUUGACAAAGCAGUUCAAUGGGCACACCUUUUGUGUUAAUUGUUCACAUUAAUUUGCCAUCAGCUAUCAGACAUUUUUUCCCUCGCCAUUAUUUAAUAGCCAUGACAGGAAUGCUGUUGACUUGAUAUGCAGUGUUGCUGCAUAUCGUAUGUCUGUAAUAUAACACACACAGUUCAACAUUGGAGGUGUCCACAUGUAUUUUUGGAUGACACUUUACGUUUAAACCAGCGUUCCUCUCUUGUCAAGUCAUGUUUGUCAACUUUGACCUCAGCUUCAGUUGCCAGGAAGGAACAGGAAUGUUGCUUUGAAGGAGCAAAUAGCUCUUUAAAGGCUUUUAAGGCUGUUUACUUUGCUUUCUUGUGGAAAGCACUGACGGAGAUGAAUCAACAGUUUCUUGCAGUCAGUUUUUAUUCAGUAGUGUUCGAUUUUAAAGGUAAAAAUGACUUAGGUGAAAUUCAUGCGGUGACCCAGGCGGCAGACCAUAAUCAUGUUGUGACCUCAGGGUGCGGCAUUUCUCAUCCCUGAGGCAACAGAAAAAUAAUCGUUGCAGAUGAGGAGGUGGAGAAGAGUACACAUUCGCCAGAUACUGUUGGCAUGCCGCAUCCUCCGAACAGCAAUGGGAACAGACACGCGACUCAUGCAAACGUGAAGCAGAAGUCGACGCCAAAACUGUGCACAGCAGUUCCCAAAUCGAGCAGCAAAGGACUGGACUACAAAAAGGCCAUGGCCCUUCAAAAUGACAAGAAGGCCGUGGACUUGAAUCAUCACGAUGAUCAGAAAGACUCUGUGUUGCUUCAAAAUGGUAUUGCGCAUUGCGGCGUCAUUAUCAACGGCUUCUCAAGCAAGGACACUGAAGGCAGCAGCUCAGAGGGCGGGUAUUCCACACCCAAGAAACGCAAGGCCAGAUGUAACAACUUGAAGAACAAUGAGCAGGGUGACACUACGCCAGAGCCCUCGGCUUUUCAAAUCCAAGCACCUGAGAAGGCAGGGACUUCUCGACUUUCUCGUAAAGUAGAGACUCAGUUGGUGCCUAGACGGGCUGUGGCCUCUGAGGCCUCUGUGGGGGAACCUCAGAGGAAGAACUCUGAUGGGAAAGUAGGGGGUAAAAAGACUGAAGAACGACACAAAGCCAAGGCUUCCUCGCCUUCAAAAGAGGAUUCGUGGACUUUGUUCAAGCCCCCUCCAGUAUUUCCUGUGGACAAUAGCAGUGCUAAAAUUGUUCCCAAGAUCAGUUAUGCAAGUAAAGUCAAAGAGAACCUCAACAAAGUAGCUCAAAGUGGAGCAGAAGCACUGCCUCUGCCCGUGAGACCCUCACAGGUCCCCAUGUCUGCUAUGAAAACCAUCACAUCAGUUAGCUUUACCAAUGGGCCUGUUUCUACGAGUGGAAAUGGCUGCCUCUCAGUGGGUACCUUUUUUGCUCCUGCUGCUAGCAGUGUUCCUGCCACCGCGUGUGGCGAGAAUGUAGCGUCUCCUUUGGAAAGUAACUGUAGCUCUACUAGUAGUCCCAUGUUCCAGGGAGACGCGUAUGAACUGAGAAAGUGUUCUCUCUUCGUUUACCCUAUAAAUAUGCAACACAUGCUCCCCAGUGCGCGUCACCUCAACCCACCGGCUGCUCAGACAAAUCAGAAAGCCUUGGGAGAAAUCUUCCAGAAUCAGUGGGGGCUUUCCUUUAUAAAUGACCCCAACUUGGGGCAAGAAGGGGGCAGUGGGCCGGUGCCCACUGAGGACAACACAACUGUGGUGAGCCCUCCAAGGGAGUGUCUGGCUGCUGAGGCCAACAGUGGCCAGCCAUGUUUUGAGGUGGGCCCCUUCUUCUUGGAGUCGGGCACAGAGAAAAGGACUUCUAGCCCGUGCAACAUGUUUGCUGCUCGUUCUCCACCUCCUCUUCGCAUCUCAGGUGAAGAGGAGGAGAGCAUGCUGCAGCCAUGUGACAGAGAAGAUUCUAAACGUUCAGGUUCUGCUGUGUGUGACCCUGGUAAGGACAGUCGUGCUAAUCCUGCACAGGGCCAGAUAACCGCUGUGUUGUUUGGCUCCUCUGAAGAGCAGGCCCUGUCUAAAGAUGUGGGCCGACGGCAGAGCUGGGGGUCCUUCGACAUCAAAGCUGCUGUCACUUAUCACACUAAAGAAAUGGAAUUCAUUUUCAGUUUGCAAAAACAACAUCCAAACAGAGUAGUGGUUUAUGAUGAGACCAGGGACGGACCUGAUCAGUGAGGUAGACGUGGACUGUACUGUGGCUACGUCUCUUCUGGGUGCUGUGGUUAUCUACCUUGGGAAUCAUGCUCACCUGUUGGAGUGGAAGAAACUGUGAAAACACUUUCUAGUUAACUGUCAUUGGCUUUUUGAGAGGGCAUUGGACAAACACUGAUGCUGCGGCAGAAGGAUAAAUGAGAUUGAUCGGGUGCCUCUUCAACGCGACAACCGGAUCCUUGCACUCUUUCGGGGCCAGAUGGUCAUGUGAGAAGGUGCUGUGGACCCCACCUCAUUAGCCUUUAUCCUGUUGUGAUGUGACAGACUUGCAUUUUCUCUCAUGUUUUCAAAUGAGUUGUAUAAACGCACAGGCUUGAAUGCACAGAACACGCAUUGCAAUGACGCCUUUGAAUGGUGCAAUUAGUCUGUGUACUUAUAGAGGAGGCCAAAAUCAUGUCUUAUGUCCGCAGGGCAAAUCAGAACCCUGCUCUCGUGUUUCACCCGACGUGUGUUGUCUUCACGGAAAUACAACCCAGGUGGUAACAUUUCACUUGUUCUUCAUUGUCCUUCAGAAUCACGUCUUUAGGAUUCAUAUUGCUUAUUUCUUUCUUGAUUUUUUUUUUUGUUUUCUGCUGUGGAUGUCCCGCAUGUUUACUGGUGGGAAUUAGACAUCGCCGCUCGCGGUGACACAAGGCAUGCAGUGAUGUCUUCUGUCCAAACGUGUUGAAAUGUGAAGAGUUUUUUUUUUUUUUAAACCGCGGCUAACAUUGUUGGCGUCUACGUGCGUGUUCUAAGGUGAUGUAUUCCGUUUGGAGGCCCAUAAAUAUUUUAAGUCUAGGAAGCCCAAAUUGUCAUCACCUCCUCCAAAUCAGUAUUGAUUGUUAGUAUUGAUUUGACCGUCCAGUAGCAGCGAUUUCUUCGCUCCCAUUUGGUUAACGUGUGGAAUGUUAGCACUUUAUGUAAACGCAUUUCUUAAAAGUGGCUCUGGGCUGUUACUCCUCACAACAAACACAAAAUGAUUCAAUGUAACUCAGGUAGUGUUGAUGAAGCCAUGACUACGUUAUCCCUUCCCUUCAUGUCCUCCAAAUGGAAUCUGCAUACGAGUCUCUGAUCUGACGAAAUAUCAAAUAGUUUUAGCAAAAGAUGCAGUCAUUAAUCACUCGAACCUCUUCCUCUUUGAAGUAUGUCGUAUUUCGUUUCAUGUAUGCUAGCCUGCAAUCUGAGGGUUCAUUUGCUGUUUCGCAUAUUCAUGAUGAAGUAUUCUUGAUAUUUUUUUUUUUUCCUUUCACUGAGCGAGCACCCAAUCUGGCUCCCGGCUCUCAAGUACACUUCUUGCUGCUAUGGCCUGAUUAGGCUCCCCCCCCUGUAUAAGUCAUCUUGGUGUUUAACUUUAGUGUCUAAUCUCAGUUGGCUUCCUGGUAAAAGUGUUUGUUUUUUUUUCCAACAAUUGUCUUAUGUGUGCAUGCGUGCGUGUGUGUGUAUGCGUGCGUGUGUGUGGGAGGGAAUGAAUUUGACUUCUAAAGUGACACAAUCAGGUUCCCACUCAGUAAAAGGAUGGAAGGGUUAUCGUUGAGCAUCUUAUGGCUUCUAAAAGCAAAAACAGGGUCUUCAGAGCAAGUUAUGUUACUGUAGUCUUCUGAGUCCCGUGUUAAUGGUUUUUCUAUGAAAAGGAUGGGACGCUUAUCCUACUUUUCCAAGCACUUAAAUAGAAUAUGCUUUGAAAGAGUAGAUUUAUUAGCAGUGCAGCCUGCAAACCAAAAACAGAAUUGUGUGUGUAUGUGUGUUGGAAAGUCAGGUCUGAUCAUGUGGCGUUAAGUCCUCCACUUAUCAGGCUGUGCAAUCACCUCAAGGAUGCUGAUGUAAGCUUCCACAUCACCAGAGAUGACUUUAGCCUCGUUACUGAUUGGAGUUUUUAGGGUGUAGCGCGUCUCCCCUAUUGUUGUAAUAUGCAAGUUCCUCAUAUUUCAUACCCCCGCUGUUGUGUUAACGUUCAGGUGCCUGUGUGGAAAAACAAAUCUACUUUUACAGCAAUUUCGAUUGUUUUCAAUCUGCUUCCAGCCUAUAUCCGUGCCAUUUUCUUUUCUGUCUAUAUUUUCUCUGUUUUGCAACGCUCUUUAGAGCUUUUUUUUUCUUUGAAGUGACAUGAAUGCAGCUGAAAGCAAAUAGUAUUUUUAUUGUUUUGUAGAAUUCUAAAAAGAAUUAGAAAGAAACAUUACCGGCUUGUGUUGGGCUUACAAGCGAGCAAAAGCCAAAACCAGUCUGCAAUGUUCUGGGCACGUUCCAUUUGUCAAGCUCAUGUCUAAAGUAGACCUAAUUUUAAAAAAGGAUUAUUUUAUCAUGUUUUAAAGACUAAACUAACUUAUACGUAGAUGCACAAGUAGGAAGGAAUGAAAAGGAAUAAAUGUCUUUGUUUUCGCAUUUCACAUUGUUUAGUUUGCAAAGUAUGAAUUGUUCUUCUUUGUAGCAACAAAGUUAAUUACCACUCAACGUAUACUGGCUUUAAACCUCGGAGACCCACUGUGUCAUGUAUUAGUUUUUUUUAUGUAUUGUACGUACUUGAGAGGAUACAGUGUCUUAUCAUCAAGCCCUCCUAAAAAAACAUUGUUGCCAAUCUUUAAAGCAUGGAAAACCUGCAAUUCCAAGCGAUGUGAUAGAAAUAAAAAAAAAGUGCCAGUGUCACAAUUUUAGUUUCCAUUAAAAUCUGACAUUUAUCAAGAACAUG